AUGCAUACGGGAGGGUCGACCUCGAACUUGCGGCCACAAACUUCUUCGGCAUCAUCAACGCCCUCCAUCACUCCUUCAUCGGGCACAAGUGGUGGUUCAUCAACAUCAUCAUCAUCGAGCUCACCUUUUUAUCCCAAAACUUUUGUUCCAUCGAGUGGAGUGAUGAGUAGUCUUGUUAGUAAUGCUACUGUAGGAUCAGCCCUAUCAAAUCAACGAUCAUGGAUACCAAGUGGUGGUGCUGGUGAUUCUUUUUCUACAAGUGGAAAUGUGCAAUCCUCUCAUUCAUCAAGUGGUACUUUUACACCAUCAUCACCCAGUAAAUUGUCCUCUUCUUCGUUUGCUUAUCAACCCAAAAGUUACGAUCAAAAUGUAAAAGCAUCAACACAAACACUUCAACAACAAUUCUCUCAAAAGAGAACUCAGUACAAACAGCAAUACGAAUUGCACCAACAGCAUUUGGCGUAUAAAAGAAACGCUCCUGGUCCUGUCACAUCAUCUCCACAUUAUCAUCAUCAUAAUAAUCCAAACAACAACAGUUCAACAGCAUCCUAUAUUUUCACACCUGGAGAUAGUGAUUUCCUUUCUGGCUCUUCCUCUAAAUCAGCUUACCGUGCUAUUCACAACUUUUUUGCGAAUGAUUCCAUCAGAAACAUUCUUUUGAAUCGUAAUUUUCUAAAUUAUGUUCAAUCUUUGGACGAUUUGGAUGAGGAAACUCAAAAUCAAGGAUCUGUUUCUGAAAAAUUGUCCCAAAUUCCAAGCUUUAUUGAUCAAUAUCACUCACUUUUUCCAUUAGAUUGUAAUUUUUUUAAUGAUUUUUCGGAUCAAGAAAAUUAUGCUUUUGGAGAGUCAUUCAGAGUUAUAGACUCGAUGACAGCAAGUCCCUGUUGCAUGAGACGUAUUAGCGCGCAUCAAUUAAUUUUCGAGCAGGCUUACAGUUUUGUAGAGCCAUGGUUCAAAAUUAGACAUCCUAACAUUGUUUCCCUUAAAAAUCUUAUCACUACAGAUCAAUUUGGAACCAACAAUGACCUUUUAUUUAUUUACGAUUUUUGUGCUGGAGCAGAAACAUUGGAAGAACACUUUUUUAUUGAGACAUCUAGGGCACCUUCAGAGGCUGUAUUGUGGAGCUUGUUGUGCCAAGUUGUGAGCGCUCUUAGAGAAAUUCAUUCACACAAUCUUGCGUAUAGAACAUUUGCACCAAACAAAAUUUUGAUUCUUCCAGGAACACAUAAGAGAUUCAAAUUGAAUUGUAUGGGAAUGCGACACACACUAGAUCCCACAGAGGACGACAUUGCCAAGCAACAACAGAAAGAUUUUAAGCAGUUGGGUACAUUGAUUGUCGAAUUAAUUUGUACACUAAAGGACUUACCUGAAUCGCAAGAUAGCCUAUCAUUAUUAACUUCCCAUGAGAACACUGCCAAGUAUUCCCAAGAAUUGAUUGAUAUAAUCACCUAUCUCUUGCAAGGAGAGGUUGACAUUAAUACCUUAAUUUCAAAACUUGCAAUUCGAUAUAUCGAUGAAUUAUCCAACGCCUAUGGGUAUGCCGAUAGCCUGGAAAACGAGCUUGCCAAAGAGCUAGAAAAUGGUCGAUUAUUCAGGAUACUUGUCAAGUUGAAUUUUGUUGCACAGCAUGAAGAUUUCGAGUACAGCACUAAAAACAGACAAGGAGUUGCCGAUCGACAAAUGAUCAAAUUAUUCCUUGAUUAUUUAUUCGUUCAAGUUUCUGACUCCAAUCAGUGCAUUCUAGAUUUUGGACACAUUGUUGAAACAUUAAACAAGUUAGACGCUGGAAUCAAUGAGAAAGUAUUACUAAUGAGCCGUGACGAACAAUCCCUGAUUGUCGUUACCUACAAGGAUCUUAAAAGUUCCAUUAAGACUCAAUUUUCAAACCUUCUCCGAAAGAAUAAAGUAUAA